AUGAUCCAUACCGCUCCUCCUUCCUCCGCAUAUGCACCAGUCCUAGAGGUUCGAGACGAUACGCUACUCGACACCGAUGAAACAUUCUCGCUCAAUUGGCCAGACUCCGCAGAUCUGCUGAAUUCUAUCCUUUCCACAGACUUCACCACUCUCCCGUCGGUCGAAAUCCUUCCAUCCCAUGCCAUUGUCCGAGGUGGCUCAGAGCUAGCGCCUGUCUCACCCUGGCUUACGUCCGAUACAAGCCCGGGUCAAUUGCAUGGUGGGAAUCAUGCGGUUCAGAACCUGAGCCAGAUGAUCAAUUCCUUGUCCGCAGACGUCACAUUGGAAGCCCAGACCACUGGGUUCACGAGUGUCUUCCUCGAUGGGUGUCUUCAUAUGUUUUUUACUCAGUUCGUCCCAUCUUUCCCGAUUGUCCACGCUCCAACCUUCGUUUUCAGAGACUGGACGCAUCCACUGCUGCUAAAUGCAAUUGCGCUGGGCUCUUUAUUCAUGGGCAAGAACGAUUACAUCACGAAGGGCGAAAUCUUGUGGCGACUCGCUCAUACGGCAGUUGCAACCUCGUGGCAUACACUAAUCAAGCAUCGGGGUCCGUACGAUAGUUGCAAUGGCAUACAGCUCGUACUGACAGCGCUUCUUGGACAAGCAUACGCCACCUUGUCCCAGAAUAUCACUCUUCGAACUACUGCGCAAGUCUUUCAUAGCCUUGGUUUCUACUGGGCACGCUGGGCUGGCAUGUACGAUCUGGAAGACGUCGAGGAGACAGCAUCUUUCGAUCCUUUUGAUAGCCAGGUGUCUCUUGAGCACAAAUGGAAGGUUUGGGCCGCCAAAGAGACAAAAUUGAGAGCGCUGUUAGGACACUAUAUCCUUGAUGGUCAGAUUUCGGCGUACAGUGGCGGUCCCACCUGUCAACGACACACUUCACAUUCAUUACCGAUGCCAUGCGGUGACUCGAUUUUCGAAGCUCCGACUGCCGUCGCCUGGAAAGAGAAGAUGCUUGCAGGACGUCAAAAAAUGCCGAACUUUGCACAACUGUUCAAUUCAGUAAUGUCCCAAAAUGUCCAUGUGAGACAUCUCGGGUCGUCUUUGACACUUUUCACGGCGUGUAUUAUCCUGGAAGGUUUGAAGUCCCUGGUGGCAGAGCAGAGUAAGGCGGGUGUGGAUGUUAUAGGAGUGCCUUCAAGAUUGGACAUAUCGAGGGGACUCGGCAGGCUGCACACAUUUAUCGAGCAGAGCCUGUCCAUGUCAGAGGUUGCCAAGAAGGUCAUACUUCUCAGAUGGCAUACUAUUGGUAUCGACUCCGCCACCGACUUCAAUUGGUUCUGCCGGGCACUAUGCAGGCAAAACAAUGUGGAACAACGAGUGGUCGGAGGACGAAAGACGCCUACAUUGGACCUACGAUACUGGGUCCAAACUCCACAGGCCCGUCUCGCGCUACUUCACGCAACGACUAUUCGGCACAUGAUACACGAACUUCCACUCAACCAGGCCCAGACGAUUCACGUGCCAAUGGCUGUCUUUGCCGCCGGCAUGAUAUACUGCGGGUUCCUGCUUGGCGCUAUCUCAACCAUCGCCGUCCCCGAAGACUGCUCGUGGGAAAGCUUGAUGCUCCUGGACCUCGACAUGUCUGACCAUACUACCUCCGACGACCUAGAUGCUCAGGCGCGACAGUACCUCAACGGCACUUUCAGCAACGCCCAGAGACAGAACAAUAUCCUCUAUGAUGUUAGUCUUUUUUCUACGUUCCUCAAGAACCUUGGUCAGCUAUGGGGCGUGUCGACUCAUAUGCACAAAAUCUUGGAGCAACUCUCCUCAAUCUAUGAUUAG